AUGGCUAGCCAUGGCAUGGUUCCGGGGCCGAUCCCCGAGCCUACAUAUAGGAUGGCUCCUUCAGAGGAUGAAAAAUUUUAUCCCUCGCGCAUAGAGGAGUUGAUACACUCGGUCUGCGCAGAUUUCUUUCGAGACAAAGUAGAAUAUGAUGCCUCAAUGGCUGAGGAGUGGUCUCAGUCCCUGUCCUCUCGGCUCCUCAGCGCCGUUACCCAGACGCAGCACGUGCCGCGCUAUAAGCUCAUCGUGCAGGUCACUAUUUUACAGGAAAAUGGCCAGGGCGUUACGAUUUCUAGCAAAAGCCUUUGCGACGUCUCUUUCGACAGCUGGGCCUCUUGCACAUUUAGGACGAAGGCUCUUGUGUGUUCGGCUAUGGUUUUUGGUUUUUAUCACGAAUAG